AUGUAUGGUAGACGUGACACAAAGGAUUUCAUGCAUGGGGUUUCGGAGUUCUGUAUGAGUGCUUUACAACAUCAAGCUAGUACGGGGGUCAAAGAGUUUUAUUGUCCUUGUGCCGAUUAUGAGAAUGUGAACACGGUCAAUAAUGUUUUGGUGAUUAGAGAUCAUGUACUUAUGCGUGGGUUUAGACCUAAUUACCAUGUAUGGGUUUAUCAUGGUGAGAGUGGAGUGUACGUAGGUAAUUCUAGUAAGAACGUUGUGCAUGAACAAGAAGAAGCUAUCUAUGCGGAAAGGGAAGCUGAUUGUUUUGAGGAUGAGGAUGACGAUGACGUUGAAAAUAAUAUUGAUGAUGAUAAUGAUCGUGUCGAGGACAUGUUGCACGAGGUCGAGGAUGAAGUUCGCGAUCGUGUUUUUGAGUGCUUGUCUAAGGCGGCUGAAACGCCAUUGUAUCCUGGUUAUACAAAUUAUAGCAAGCUUUCCGCUGUUUGCACACUCUACAAUAUCAAGACAGGCGGAGGCUGGACUGACAUUAGUUUCACUGAGUUGUUGGUGGCGCUAAGUGAUAUGUUACCGGCUGGCAAUGAACUUCCCAGGUCGAACUAUUAUGCCAAGAAGCUCAUGUGUCCCUUUGGUUUAGAGUACAAGAAGAUACAUGCUUGUCCAAAUGAUUGUCUGCUAUAUCAUAAGCAGUUUGAGAUUUUGGAUAAGUUUCCACGGUGCGGAGUGUCGCGUUACAAACGCAAAGGGGUAAGCGAGGAUGCAAGGAAUUUGAGGUGGCAUGCAUAUCCUGAUCGAAGGAAGAGAGAUGGUUUGCUUAGGCAUCCUGCUGAUUCUCCCCAGUGGAAGACUAUUGACAAGCUUCAUGACACUUUUGGUAAGGAACCUCGGAAUUUGAGGCUUGGGUUAUGUACGGAUGGGAUGAAUCCAUUUGGAACUCUUAGCUCCCAACAUAGUACAUGGCCAGUACUUUUAGUCAUAUAUAAUUUACCUCCUUGGUUGUGUAUGAAACGCAAGUACAUCAUGUUGUCGCUUCUUAUAUCGUGGCCUAAACAACCGGGAAACGACAUAGAUGUCUACCUUGAACCUCUCGUUGAUGAUUUGAGAAAGAUGUGGGAUGAAGGGGUUUCCGUAUUUGAUGCACAUGCAAAUGAGACAUUUAGAUUACGUGCAAUGCUUUUCUGCACCAUCAAUGACUUCCCUGCUUCUGGUAACUUAUCCGGCUACAAGAACAAAGGAAUGAAAGCAUGCCCGACUUGUGAAGAGGAUACACAAUCCAAAUAUAUUUCUGAAUGUCACAAAUAUGUGUUCUUGCGAACGCGAAGGCUUCUUAGACGUGAUCAUCCCUAUCGUAAGAUGAAGACAGCAUUCGAUGGGAAUGUUGAGAUGGAUGUCGCCCGUAGAGCGUUGACUGGUAAGGAAGUUUAUGAGCGGGUCAAGGGUGUUGAAACGGUCUUCGGCAAGUCAGUGAAAGACAAGGGUACAACUGGAUUAUGGAAAAAAGAGUCUGUGUUAUAG